CUUGUUAUCAUGUUGGAAGCAAGAGUGAAACAAGCUUCAGUCCUUAAAAAGCUUCUUGAUGCGAUCAAAGAAUUGGUCACCGAUGGAAAUCUAGACUGUACAGAUGAGGGAAUUGCCCUUCAAGCGAUGGACAACUCCCAUGUCGCUUUGGUAUCUCUCAAGUUGGUCGCAGACCAAUUCGAAUCCUAUCGAUGUGAUCGGAACAUGCCCUUGGGUGUGAAUCUCACAUCUCUGACGAAAAUCCUCAAAUGUGCGAAAGAUAACGACGUCGUCACUCUCAAAGCGACCGAUGAUGCAGACUCUUUAGGGAUGGUAUUCGAAUCACCAAGGGAAGACCGCGUGGGAGAAUACGAAAUGAAACUCAUGGAUAUCGAUCAAGAACAUCUCGGUAUCCCUGAUACUCAAUACGACGCUACCAUCACCAUGUCCUCUAGCGAAUUCCAACGUAUCUGUCGUGAUCUCUCCGCUUUGGGUGAAAGUGUGAAGAUUGAAGCUUCGAAGGAAGGUGUUAGAUUCAGUUCCGAAGGUGAAGUUGGAAACGGGAGUGUUCUUCUCAAACAAAGUGCAGGGACGGAUAGGGGUAUGAAAUCAGGAGGUAGCAAAUCUACCAAACGAGAUCCUGAUGAAGAUGAAGAAGAUGAAGAUGAAGAUCAAAAACCUGAUGUUGAUGAAGAAGGUGAAGAAGAACAAGAAGAUGAAGAAAGACCGAAGAAACGUAAGGCUGCUAAUGGGGGUGGAAAGACAUCGAAAAAAGCAAAAUCCUCAAACGAAGAUGAACCAGGAGUCACCAUAAUCCUCGAAAAACAAGUUUCUCUCACUUUCUCUUUGAAAUACUUGAGCAACUUUGCGAAAUCCGCUCCUUUGGCCAAAGAGGUCAGUCUAAACAUGAGCAACGAUGUUCCAUUGUUAGUUCAAUUCGAUUUUGAACAAGGAACUUUACAAUUUUUCCUAGCUCCCAAGAUUUCGGAUGAAUGAUUUGGUGGAUGGGGUGUUUUGAGAAGAAAUGUGUUAUGCAUCUUUUUGCGUCUUUUC